UGGGCUGCAGCUGUGUGCCGAGUGGGCCGCAGGUUGAGAACCGCUGCUGGGGUGAAUUGGGGUGGGGGGGCGUGCCUUCCCCUACUUUGUCUGUGCAUUGGGCAUGCCUUGGAUGUGGGGCGUUGUCCACCUGGCCUAGAAAAGAGCAGAGGGAGGGGCCGUGGGUGGUCCCGUCACUGUGCAGUGGAGCUUCCUGCUCUUCUGGGGGGAUUUAUUGCUAAUAAAGAUCACUGUGAAUCUUCUUUUGACCUUGGCUCGUGCGGACAUGGAGUGUGGCGUAAGAUGUUUGGCUGGUGCCAGGAGGUGACUUGGUCCCCAGACUCCCUGGUGGCAGAUUCUUGGCUUCUCCCCAGGACUGUCCUCUCGUAGCUGGCCCCACAUAUGACAUUUUUUUCAACUUACCCAAGGUGCCUAUUGUUAAUCGCUGUCCCAUGCUCACAGUGGGAGGGAGCCCUGUCUGCCCACCAGGAGAACCACUUCCCAGCCCCUGGCUGCUGGCAGCACAGGCACCCACUCUGGGCUCCGCAAGCUGGCUCUUUCCCCCUGCAGACUACCAAGUUACACACCCCACGUUGUUACACUUGCGGGCCCCGGCUCCUAUCUUCCGGGACACCCAAAGUGUGUGCUGGUCUGCUGCCUCCAUGGAAGCAGUGCAGUUUAGCUUUCUGUUUUCGCCUCAGUUCAGCACUCUCCUUCGCACCAGGCACUUAGACGGGGUUAUGGUAAAGCUAGAUAGAAGUGCAUUUCACAAAGCUUGGGAUAAAGAUUUAAAUAAAAGCAAGUGUGAGGGCUUGGCAACGGAAGGUUACAGGUAAAAGAUAAACAUAAAUGCCGUCUGUAGCCCAGGCUUGUUAACAGGUUCCUUUCCUGCCUGGUAAAGUGUUUCUUGCGGAAUGGGCUGUUUCUGCAGCGCUUGUCCAGUCCAGAGAGCUGACACACAGAGGGACAUUAGGAUCAAAGGCCCAGAGGAUGCUUCGCUCUGACGGCCCUGCUAUGGCAAUCUCUUGCCAGGCAGACACAGAGCUCCGGGACCUGGAUGAGGAGCAGCUCUGGGAGAUUCUGGAGAGCCAUCGCUACCGGAUUGUGCGCAGCACCUGCCCAAAUCGGCUUACCCCCUACCUGCGCCAGGCCAAGGUCCUGGACCAGCUGGAUGAGGAGGAGGUUCUGCAUAGCCCCCAGUUCACCAACAGCGCCAUGAGAGUGGGUCACAUGUUGGAUCUUCUGAAAACCCGGGGGAAGAACGGAGCCCUGGCCUUCCUGGAAAGCCUGAAACUUCACAACCCCGACACCUACACCCUGAUAACUGGCCUGGAACCCUCCAUUGAUCUCAGCAACUUUAGUGGCCUGAUCGAGACAUCCAAGCUGACCGAGUGCCUGGCGAAGGCCGUGAACAGCUUGCAGGAGGAGCUGACCCAGGAGAAGCACCAGAAGGUGUCUCUGCUGCACCACUGCCGCCAGCUGAAAGACCACGUGUCCCAGCUGAAGGCCCAGAACAAGUGUCUGCAGGGCAUCGAGGCCGAGCACAACCGCAUGAAGAGAGAGGUCAGCUCCCAUUUCCACGAGGUGCUGAAGCUGAAGGAUGAGAUGUACAACCUGUCCAUGCACUACACCAACGCCCUGCAGGAGAAGGACUUGGCCAUCACGCGAAGCCAGGGCCUGCAAGAGGAGCUGUAUCUGAUGAAGCAGGAACUGCAGCGAGCCAGGGUGGAGUCCUACCGUGAGAGGGAGAGGUCCCUGCGCAUGCCCAGUGAUCUGCAGCCACAGGCGGAUGAGCUGCUGCAGCUGAGGGAGGAAAACGAGAAGCUCCAGUCACUGGUGGUGCUGGAGACUUUCAGCCUGGUGCAGAAGGAUAUUCUGGAGCAGAACCUGGAUGAGGCUCUGGAGGGCAAACAGGAGCUCCUUGAUCGAAUCCACUCGCUGAGGGAGCAGGCAGUGAUCGCUGAGAAUCAGCGCAAGCAGUAUUGGGAGGAGAAGGAGCACACCCUGAUUGAGUGCCACAGAAUGAAGGUGGAUUGUGAGAUCUACAAGGAGAAAAUCAGUGCCUUGCAAGGGCAAGUGGCCGAGCUGCAGAAGGAGCGAGAUCAGGCAUACGGCGCGAGGGACACGGCCCAACUGGAGAUCUCCCAGAACCUGCUGGAGAAGGAUUCCCUCCGCAGGAAAGUGUUUGAGCUGACGGAUCAGAUCUGUGAGCUGAGGAAGCAGGCCAGUCAGCAGCAGGCAGAGCUGGGCAGCAGGGUGCACGGGGUGAAGGGGGAAGGUCUCGCUAGCCUGGAGUCUGAGGAGCAGUGGCCAAAGAGGAAACAGUGGCUGGUGCGCAUGCAUGCCAUCUGCCCUGGGGACAAGAGCCAGGGCAGCCUCAGUGUGUCCGAGCUGUGCUCAGAUUUCAGCGGGAGGAUGAGCCACGAGCUGCCAGAGAGCUUCCGGUCGUGCAGCCCCAUCCCGCCCUGUGAGCUCUCCCUGCAGAGGAGAGCCACGCAGGAGUGCCUGGAGAGCUUCCUCUCCACGAGCAGCUCCCAGGAGUUCCUGGAGGUGGAUUUCAGUCACAUUGCAGGGGAAAAGGCGGAGUCAUCUGACUUGGAGUAUGAGAUGGUGGAGAAGGACGAGGGCAAUGCCCGGCCGCUCACCUUAGAUGAGAGGUACAUCCCGCUGCCUGCGGAUUUCUGGCCCCCAUUAGGGAGGGCUCAGUGCCCUCUCGGAGCCUGGAAUAAAGCAGGUACGCCCAUUCGCCGGCGGCCUGCACGGCGGAUCCUGAGCCGCAUCAUCACCAUUGCCUUACACGGCAAUGCCCUGCUGGAGCAGAUCAGCAUCAUCGGGGGCAACCAGACGGGCAUCUUCAUUCACAGGGUCACUCCUGGCUCAGUUGCCGACGAGAUGUCUCUGUCCCCAGGCAGUCAGAUCAUGGUGGUGGAUUAUGAAGUCAUAGACCCAGCAUUCAAGGCCAUCCUGGAAGAUGCAACCCUGGAGGAGGCACUUUGGGUCCUGAAGAGGGUGAAUGGCUUCUGCUGCCUGUCUGUCAGAAUGAAUAUGGAGGGUUACAAGAGGCUGGUGACUGACCUAGAGAACAAGGUGGUGACCUCGGGUGAUUCGUUCUACAUCCGGGCCAACCUGGCCCUGGAAGGGAAGGCAGCGGGGGAGCUGCCGGUGCAGUGCAGUGACAUCCUCCACGUCACAGACACCGUGUUCUAGGGCAAGAGCCAGUGGAGUGCCUGCCGGGUGAAUCCCUACAGCAUGAAGGACAUGGAUGCAGGCAUCGUCCCCAACUACUACCAGGCUCAGCAACGGCUCAUUGGCCUUAUCCAGGACAUGGCCCAGCAGACCACAUCUGCUCGUAAGGUUUCAGGGGGGCAGCCAAAGCUGGUGCGGAUCAUCAGCACAUACAAGAGCAAGAUCAACCCUCUGUGGUCGUCCAUCGACUGUAACAUCUACGAUCCCAACCAGGCGGAUGCCUGCCCCCAGAUCUGCCUGCAGGCAGGGAGCUGCUUCACGCUGAUGCCGUACACACUGGUGAGACCUCACAAGCUGGCCCAGCUGCGCCCUGUUCUCUUUGUGCCCACGCUGCUGGGGAAGAUCCUGAGCGACAAGCUGUGCCUCACCAAGGGCUUUGAAAAAUGCCCGUCAGGACUCCUGUGUGAGGCCGAAUGCACAACCCAGAAUGGAACUUUGGUCCGGGGAAAGGGGGAGCUGGACAGUCGCUGCUGUGUCACACGCCAAGUGCUUCAGCUGCUGCUGGAGAAGGAUGUGCACAGCCUGCUGGACGUGGGGCUGGAGUGCGUGCGAGCCCUGCACGCUGCGGGGAUCUAUCCCAUCCUCCUCCUCGUUUCCAUCAGUGAGAAGAAUGCCAAGAAGCUCAAGAAGGCACUGCAGCGCCUCAGAGCAACAGAGGAGCAGCUUCUGGACUGUGUGCGGAGAGAGGAGGCCCAGCUGGAGAAAGUACCCUGCCUGUACGGCACCGUUGCCCCCGACACCUGGAGCGACCUGGAUGCGCUUGUCAGGGCUGUGCAAGCAGCCGUCGCCAAUGAGCAGAAGAAGAUUGUGUGGCUAGAACAAAAUCUUCACUGAUCUCCCUGGACACAGGGUGGGGCAGGGGGAACCGUCACCUUGGCAACUCUGCAAAUGUCACCUAUUUAAACCAAGAGUUUGGUUUGGGGUGUGGGGAGGGGGAGGUUUGAAAGACCCUCUUACCUAAAGGGCUAAUGGACUUCGCAGCGCUGGGUGAGCCCCCCACCUGCCCAGCUGGCCUCUGCCCUGUCAGCAGAGAAACACAGUAACUCUAGUUCAGAGAGAGGCUGGUUUUAAUGCCACCCGUCAUGGUGUGAAAGGGAAGCUGGCUGGGGUGAGCUGGGCUGCCUCUGAACGGUGUCCCUAGUGCCAGAGCGGGUCCCCGGGCUGGGCAGGGCACCCUGCCUGGUGCCUGGACCCCUCCACCUGUUCUCCCUGCCUGGCUCUAGCUGCUCGGAAGCGCAGUCACCAGCCCACCUGCGCAGGGAGGGAACAGCAACUCCCACAGGCCUUGCCAUGUCCCCUGUCUAGCUGCCCCCACGGGUCUGCCUCGUUGUACUGGGUAUCCCAGCUCCCUCUGGAUCUCUGCACACCUUGCUCCCAGAGCCCUGGGGAUAGCAGGGAGCCAGGACUGAACAAGGUGUGCUCGUUCCAGGGACUGUAAAUUCUGUAGUUUGCUAAAUUAAACUUUGUUGUUACUGUGUGUUCAGACCCCUCCUGGCCCUCCCUGAGGUGGUGACACCAAAUCCAAUGUACUGGCCCUAUGGAGAGGGGGCUCUCAGCUCCUCCAUGGCUAGCUGGAGCCUCCCUGGCAAAUGGGGCAAAAGCCCCGCUGUGGGGAGCUCCCAGCAGCACUAGUCCCAACCUCCAGCUGCAGGAGGUGCUGUUGGAGCCACUGCAGGAAGAGCUGCAGUGAAAAGUGGCUUCAGCAGGAGAUCGGCGCAGAGGUUAGGUUGUGAGUAAGCCGAGGACGUUCUCCCAGCAACUUUACAGAGAUCAUGUAUUUGACCGCUUUCUGGUUGGCUGCAGUCCAGCGCUGCCUGUUGCUGGGUGCGAUGACACCCCACUGAGGAGGAAAAUGUCUCGUUUGAGCUUCAGGGGCAGAUGCUGUUUUGA